AUGCCGGUCUCGCAGACCGAACCACGAGUUCACGUCUUAGCGCCCAUGCUUCAUUCCUCGGAAGCACAGUGCCGGGAUGAUGACUGGACCGGUCUUCGGGAUCAAGCAGAAAGACGAAAGAGACAGAAUCGCCUCAACGUGAGAGCCUACAGAAAGCGAAAGGCCCUAGAAUCGCAUCAAAAUGAGCAGACGAAAACAUCAAUAGCCGAUGGGUCUCCUCACAAAGAAUCGUGGCCCGGCCUGUGCUCAGAAAGAAGUCUAGAAUUCAUACAUUGGGUCCCGCCGACGCAGUCUCCAGCUGAAGUGAGUCUGUUCGGAGGACCACACAACUGUUCGGAGACUACAUCCAACAGAGAUGGGCAGCGAAUAGAUCUGCCUGUCACUUCAAAGAGGGAUGUGAUGUGUGUACAGACACGGCUACCUCCACGUCACCCUAACAGUGGCAAGUCGCGAUUAGCAAAACACGUUCCGCCGUAUUUCCAGAAUCCCACUACAUGGUUCCCUCUGUACAAGGAUCACCUCAUUCCGCUGAUCUACUACAAUGUCUUCAGGGCCACGAUUACGAACAUUCACAUUCUCUCUCUGACGUCCCUGCUCGCGGGCCCAUGUGUACCAGACAUUCACACAACACCGCUGUUUCCGCCACCCUGUCAAGUGCCAGACACUUUAAUGCCUACUCCCACGCAAAGCUCGACCCCGCACGAAACCUGGAUUGACAUCUUCCCGUCGGGCUGUAUGCGCGAUAAUGCCAUUAAGUUUCGUGACCAGUAUAGCCAACAUGACUUGUGCAGCGAUCUCGUUGGCUGUCAAGAAGGCGACGUUUCCCUUGGCCAGCCAGGCAUCAUUGCUUGGUCGGAUCCUUGGCAUCCGGACGGUUGGGAGGUCACAGAAACGUUUAUAGAGAAAUGGAGCUUCCUGCUCAAGGGGUGCGAGGAUGUCAUGAGAGCGACCAACAAAUGGCGCUCCUUAAGAGGCGAGGAGCCGCUCGUUUGGGAGCUGGAAUGA